AGAGGAAGAAUUUCACAACAGUAAAAAAUCAAAUGAAAAAGUCUAUGUCAUUACUGAAUUUCUCAGAAUAAAAAGAAGAGCCUCAACCGUUCAUCACUUUGACAAACAGUUUUGACAUUGAGUAUGAGACGAAGCAUUGUCAACAGACUAAAAACUACCCUUUCACGAUGCUGCAGCACCGUAGAGAAAACAGAACAUCAACUUUCCCUAGUUGGAAGAAACUAUUUAGAACCUAUAGAUUUCACCGAAAGUGAAAUCAAAUCACUCUUCUGGACCGCUUCAGAGUUCAAGGCGUUAUCAGAUAACGAAUACAACAUCAGAGAUUUGGAGAAUAAGACAGGAACUCUUUUACUCAGCGAACCAAACAUACACUUCCAAAGUUCCUUACAGUUAGCUUCGAAGGACCUCAAAAUACCUAUGAAUGUUAUUAUCGAUUCAACGUGGGAGCAGUGGCAGUUUCCCGAAGAUGCUGGUAGAAUAUUGGGUAAAACUUGCGAUGUCCUAUUCAUAAAGAGCAAGUUUUAUCUUAAGGCUAAAGCCUUGGCUACUGGAGCCAAAAUUCCUGUCAUAAUAAUUUCCGAUACAAGGUAUGCCAACCUGAGGGCUCUUUCUGAUAUUUUCACGUUGAGGGAGAAGUUUGGUUACCUAGAAAACCUUCACGUGUGUUGGAUUGGGUCACCCACGUCUCUGAUCAACACUUACCUAUUAAGUAUGCCACGGUUUGGGAUCAAGAUUAAGUUCUUCUGCUGCCAUUUCUUAGGGGAAAAAGUCAGUCCUAUUGCCAUGUCUAAAGUUAGAACUUUGGGGAAAGAAUUUGUGGAAAACUGUCAGGAAGCGUCCAGUGUAGAGGAAGCUCUGAGCCACAGCAAAAUUUUGGCUAUGGGGUCCAACCUGGGUGGGCAGAAGCAGAUCAAUCAGGAGAAUUGUAAGGAGGCGGACCAUGAUUUUUUCAUUUUGCACAGUAUGCCAAGAACGAGGGUGGAAAUUUGCCCUACGUUGUUCGAAAGUGAAAGGAAUCUCACAUGGGCGUCUUAUAGAAAUUGCCAAUGGAUUCUGACUGCUUUUCUUGUGAGGUGUUUAUCAGAUCAUAAGCAUAUAACGAAGGAACCGAAUUUUUCUGAAAUAAAGGCGAAGUGAGUGUCUAGUAGUUUCUUACUUUGAAUAUCAUGUUUCAGGUUCAAAUUUAUCGGUUAUUUUUUAGUGUUUUGUUGUGUAUUUUGCCUUCUUCAUUUCUGCAUAUCUGAGAUAUCCUUUUCAUGGUGC